ACUACACCGAAUCCUCUAGCUAUCGAAGUGGACCGAGCGGAGGGUGUUUAUCUCUAUGGACCAGAUGGUAAAGAGUAUAUGGAUAUGAUAUCGGGCAUAUCUGUGAGCAAUGUCGGCCACUGCCAUCCUCAGGUGGUUCAGGCUCUACAGGAACAGUCAGCCAAAUUUAUGCAUCUCAUGGUUUAUGGUGAAUACGUCUAUUCGCCGCAAACAAAGUUAGCAGAAGCAUUAAUCGAAGUCUUGCCAGAGAGCUUGGACAAUUUCUAUUUUACGAAUUCUGGAACAGAAGCAACAGAAGGAGCCUUCAAACUCGCCAAGCGAUAUACUGGUCGAGCUGAAAUCAUCUCCUGCUUCCAAUCCUAUCAUGGCAGCACAGCAGGCGCUUUGAGUGCUAUGGGUGACGAGACUUAUCAGACGGCCUUCCGCCCCUUGGUGCCAGGUCAUAGUCAUAUUCGUUAUAAUACGGUGGAGGAUUUAACUAACAUCACGGAAAGUACAGCCGCUGUUAUUAUAGAGCUAAUCUCUGCUGAGAAAGGGGUUGUCAUUGGAAAUUACGACUAUUUUCAACUCCUCAGAAAGCGAUGCACCGAGGUGGGUUGCCUAUUGAUCUUCGAUGAAAUACAAACAGGUUGUGGUCGAACAGGUACCAUGUUUGCUUUCGAACAAUAUGAUGUCAUUCCUGAUAUCCUUUUGAUAGGAAAAGGCUUUGGCGGAGGUAUGCCUAUAGCUGCUUUUAUAGCCAAUAAAGAAGUGAUGCGAACUUUGAGUUUCGACCCUAUCUUAGGGCAUAUAUCUACCUAUGGGGGGAAUGCAGUAUGCUGCGCUGCUGCGCUUGCUUGCUUAGGUGUUUUGAAGGAAAAUAACCUACUUACAGAGGUAAAUGUAAAAGGCAAAGGUCCUGCAAAUCUUCUUGCUUCCUUCCAGUCUGAGAAAGAGAAAGGAACUAAAAAUGGAGAUCCUGUCAUCCUCAUCAAUGUUAAAGGAGAGAAACUGGCGUUAGGCCACUAUUUUGAAGGCUCUAUUGCGGUGCGAGUUCUAAGUUUUGAUGGAGAACAGACGAUAGAAGAUAUCCUCAAAGACAAGUUGGAAAAAGCCUAUAGUUAUCGUCAGCAGUUGGGUCUAGUGAUCGAUGCACUCACCUUUAGAGAUACCGUAGUGGCUGCAGGCAUCGAAUCUGGUAGAACGAUCCGCAUAGUGCAGCAGCUCUCCCAGCCCGAAGAUCAUCCUAUCAAUCUCUUUCACCCAGAGAGCAAUUAUCUAAAGGGAUUG